GUUAGAUCGUUGAGAUAUUAUGUAACAAAUGAAUUUCAUUAACGGGAGUGUUUAGUUAACUUUUUCAUUCAUUUCCACGAAUUCUCUAUGAUCUGUAGACUGUCGGUUCGUGUGCCUGAAAUUAGCGACAAUCCGUAACCAGUAUGUCUUUCUCUGGUUUGAAGAAACAACUAAACAAAGCGAAUCAGUAUCUCAGCGAGACGAUGGGUGCUGCCGAAGCGACGAAGCUGGAUGAACAAUACAAUGAAAUGGAACGGAAAGUAGAUCUGACGUACGAACUAAUCAGUGCGUUAAUUGCUGGAACUCACGAAUUAUUGCAGCCCAAUCCAGCAACUCGAGCGAAAAUGGCCACGAUGGGAGCUUUGUCUAAAGUGCGCGGAACAUCGAAAGCCCAACCAUAUCCACAAACCGAAGGCCUCCUAGCAGAUACCAUGCAAAAAUAUGGAACAGCCUUAGGUGCAGAUUCGGAUCUUGGAAAAGCUUUGAUCGAUGCUUCGGAAGCUUACCGUCAAUUAGCUGAUAUUAAAUAUCAAAUGGAGGAUAGUGUGAAACAUAAUUUUUUGGAUCCACUGGCUCAUUUGCAACAAACUGAUUUAAAAGAAGUUAAUUAUCACCGAACAAAACUUAAGGGUCGACGUCUGGAUUACGAUUGCAAGAAGCGAAAACAAACACGGGAUGAGGAAUUGAUUCAAGCAGAGGACAAAUUGGAAGAGUCAAAGCAGUUAGCAGAACAAGCUAUGUAUAAUCUAUUAAGCAAUGAUGUUGAACAGGUGACUCAGCUCUGCGCUUUGGUCGAUGCGCAGUUGGAUUUUCAUCGACAAACUACGCAAGUGUUAGAACAUUUGAAGACACAGCUGAAUGAACGAGUUAUAGAAGCAAGCACUCGACUGCGUGUGGAGCAUGUCAUCAAGCCUGUUUUAGCAGACAGAGUACCUAAUUCUCGAUCUCCAGUACAUAUAGAAAAUUCGACUUCAGUCAGCACCGCCAUUUUUCAAUCACCUUCAGUAGCAUCCUCCAUGUUUCCACAAAAACAGACAGCAGAGAGUGGUGAUUGGAGUUUGAGUGCGAAAACCCACAACUCAGCGAUCAACUUUGGUGACACGAGUACAUCACCUUCUGCUUUACCUGUUAAACCGUCUUGUCGAGCCUUAUAUGAUUUCGAGGCACAAAAUGAAGCUGAGCUGGAUUUCAAAGAAGGUGACAUUAUUAAUUUGAUCUCACAAAUUGAUGAGAAUUGGUACGAAGGUUCACUGCUAGGAAGAACCGGUUACUUCCCUAUAUCUUACGUUCACGUACUUGUACCACUAUAAUUUCUUUUCAUGCUUUUCAUGUCACUAAUUUCAAUUUAAUUCCACUUAAAACGAGAUUUCAUAUCUGAAUUCUAUCCCGAAAUUUGA